AUGAGCGGUUUGGCGAGAGAAGUGAUUAAGUGGUUACAAAGUUUGGAUCUAUCGGUGUCUGUAAAGUAUCCAAAAAGGGAUUUCGCAAAUGGAUUCUUGGUUGCUGAGAUCUUUUCUUGGUACUUCCCACAAGAGAUACAUAUGCAUUCUUAUUAUAAUGCUCCAUCCCUACCUAAAAAAAUUGGAAAUUGGUCUCAAUUAGAAAGGUUAUUUAAAAAGCAUGGGAUUGACAUUCCUAAAGUAUUAAUAGAUGGUACAAUGCAUAGUAAACCUGGUGCUGCCAUAUUGUUGGUGGAAAGAGUAUAUACAAUUUUAACGAACAGAGCUGUUAAAAGAACCCCUGUAAAGCAUGAGCUUGACUUUUCUGACAAUGGUUAUCAAUCUGAAUUACCACCACAUGCAAGAUCAACAGCGUCUCAAGCUUUAAAAAAUAAUUUGGCAAUUACGGAAUUUGACACUGACCCAGAUCAAAUUUUUCGAAUGCAGAAGGCCCAAUCAAUUCUGAAUAAUCAUAUUGAAAACAGAAGGAAGGAAAGAGAGGAGAAUCCAGAGCGCUUUGGCAUUCGACCUUCAAUUGGACAGCUAACUCCUCGUAAACUACCCUCUGUAAAGACAAGAAAAUCUCAACAGCGUGACUCAUUAAUAUACCCUAUGGAUUCUGCAAAUGGUGAUGAAAGGCAUUCUAAUGAUACAGUCGAAAGUGGCCAAGUUCAUUUUACAGAAAUACAAGUGAAACAACUGAAUAGAAAUGAGCAAAAUGCUCUUCGUCAAUCGUUAUACGCUGCUUCUUAG